AUGGCCAAGGAGACGAAGAACCCUGGAAGAGACAUCCCUCUUGGCCUCGUAGGCUCCAUGACGAUCACCACUCUCAGAUUCUGCCUCUUAGCUGUAACACUAUGUAUGCAGAAAAAUUCUGAUAUAGACGACAAAGGGAAUGACAAGUGUGCUGCUUAUUAUGGCCCUCGAGUGAAUCAGGGAACAAGGAAACCCAUUAACGCCGCAGUGAUUAUGAUUUCUGCUACUGCUAUAAUCGCCUUCUUCAUUGAGUUUCAGAUUCUUGGUGAACUCCUUUCGAUUUCAACUUUGUUCUUGUUGUCUCUCAUGGCUUUGGCCCUUUAG